GGAUAAGCAAAUUAGAUGACCCGAAUAAUAUCAAACUUUAAAAAGUACAAUUAAAGGAAAAAUCGGCGAAGUUCUAGAUAAACGUAGAAGUAGGACAAGAGAAUUGUAGAAGCUCCUAGAAACUUUCCUCAUUCUUCUUCUAUUUUUCUCGAGAAGUUUCCACAUUUCCGCUAUAUAACCAAAUCUCUUCCUCACACCAGUUCAAUCAAUCAGAAACUAAGCUAGAAUUUGAACGAUUCCAAACAAAAAUCACAGAGGAAAAUGGAUUUCAGGCUGAUGGGUAUGGACAAUACACCAAUUUUCCAUGUUCUCCAGCACAUUAUGGACACUGCAGGUGACGAAUCGGACAAGUCUGUGAAUGCCCCGUCUAGGAACUAUGUUCGUGAUGCUAAAGCCAUGGCUGCCACACCAGCAGACGUGAAAGAGUACCCUAAUUCCUAUGUUUUCGUCGUUGAUAUGCCGGGGCUGAAAUCUGGAGACAUCAAAGUGCAGGUGGAAGAGGAAAAUGUGCUGCUUAUUAGCGGAGAAAGGAAGAGGGAAGAAGAGAAAGAAGGUGCAAAGUAUAUCAGAAUGGAGAGAAGGGUUGGGAAAUUCAUGAGGAAGUUUACUCUGCCAGAGAAUGCUAAUACUGGUGCAAUUUCUGCUGUUUGUCAGGAUGGGGUGUUAACCGUCACUAUUCAGAAGUUGCCGCCUCCUGAACCAAAGAAGUCCAAAACAAUUGAGGUUAAAGUUGCUUGAAAUGUUAAACAUGUUGCUCUGUUUUCUGGAUAUGUUUGAUGGCUAGUGGAAUUAUAUGUUAGUACAAAUAAAAUGGUAGGGAUCUAUCUAGAAGUACUCGUGUCUUGCUCUUUAUGUUUUUUUGUUAUGUUUUUCAAGUUUUUGCAAGUAUUAUGAAAAUGUAAUUUGGGGUAUUGUAUGAGCAUGAUAUUGUUUGGUUGGUGUUUAAUGCAGUGUAAUGCUUCUGGUA